AGAGUUCGAGCGCGGGCUUUCUUGCUUCUUGUCCAUCGAAGAGCACGGGAAGGAAGGAUUGUAUGACAGAGCGAGAGAGAAGAGGAGCAGGAAGACAUCGAUCGGUUGCUGAGCGAGUUUUGUUGUCGUAGAGCUUCGGAAGGCUUGUGGUGCUCGUCUUGCAGCUGUUGAAGAUCAUGUCUAAUAUGUUGCAACCGCAGAUUAUUCUCCUGAAGGAGGGAACAGAUACCUCUCAAGGAAAGCCUCAGCUCAUCAGCAACAUCAAUGCCUGUAUGGCUGUUGUGGAUGCCGUGCGCACUACUCUGGGGCCCCGCGGCAUGGACAAAUUGAUCCACGGUGAUAAAGGCGUAACAAUAUCGAAUGAUGGAGCCACUAUCAUGAAGCUUCUCGACAUUGUGCAUCCUGCAGCGAAGAUUCUUGUGGACAUAGCUAAAUCGCAAGACUCUGAGGUUGGUGAUGGGACUACCACCGUUGUUCUGCUGGCUGGAGAGUUUUUGCGGGAAGCAAAGCCUUUUGUUGAAGAUGGGGUCCAUCCCCAGCUGAUCAUUCGCAGUUUUCGGGCCGCCGUCCAGCUGGCUGUCCAGAAGAUCAAAGAGCUUGCAAUAUCCAUUGAAGGCAAAAGCCUGGAAGAGAAGAAGUCCUUGUUGGAAAGAUGUGCAGCAACUACUUUGAGCUCGAAACUUGUAGGAGGAGAGAAAGAAUUUUUUGCCAAGAUGGUUGUUGAUGCCGUCACUCAACUUGGUGAGGAGAGUCGUUUAAGUAUGUUGGGAAUUAAGAAGGUCCAAGGUGGUACCAUGCGCGAUUCCUUCCUUGUCAACGGUGUGGCUUUUAAGAAAACUUUUUCUUACGCUGGUUUCGAGCAGCAGCCUAAGAGCUUCGACAACCCGAAAAUUUUGUUGUUGAAUUUGGAGUUAGAGCUGAAAUCCGAGAAGGAAAAUGCGGAAGUCAGGUUAUCGGAUCCUACUCAAUAUCAGUCUAUAGUCGAUGCCGAAUGGAACAUCAUUUACGAUAAGCUUGAUAAAUGUGUGAAGAGCGGUGCUAAGAUAGUGUUGUCACGUCUGGCAAUCGGAGACUUGGCAACUCAGUACUUCGCCGACAGAGACGUCUUCUGCGCCGGGCGUGUCAUGGAAGAAGAUCUACACCGGGUUGCCAGUGCUACCGGUGGUGCUGUGCAAACCACUGUCAACAAUGUCGUUCCUGAGGUACUUGGUAUAUGUGAGAGGUUCGAGGAGAAGCAAGUCGGCAACGAAAGGUUUAACAUCUUCAGUGGGUGUCCCGCGGGGCAUACGGCCACAAUCGUCCUACGAGGUGGUGCAGAUCAGUUCAUCGAGGAAGCUGAGAGGAGUCUUCACGACGCCAUCAUGAUUGUGCGUCGGGCUUACAAGAAUUCGACCGUUGUUGCCGGUGGUGGGGCUAUCGAUAUGGAAAUAAGCAGAUACUUACGUCAACACGCACGAACAAUUGCUGGCAAAUCACAAUUGUUUAUUAACUCAUACGCAAAGGCCUUAGAAGUCAUUCCCAGGCAGCUCUGUGACAACGCUGGCUUUGACGCAACAGAUGUUUUGAACAAGCUCCGUCAAAAGCACGCGCUUGCCACUGGCGAGGGAGCCCUCUUCGGAGUUGAAAUUAACACGGGUGGGAUCGUGGACACCUUCGCUAAUUUCGUCUGGGAACCAGCUGUUGUUAAGAUUAACGCGCUUACUGCAGCUACCGAAGCCGCUUGUUUGAUCCUGAGUGUAGAUGAGACCAUUCGAAACCCCAAGUCUGAAAGUGCGGAAGGAGGAGGUGCCGGUAUGGGUGGAAGAGGCCGGGGAAGAGGUAUGCCAGGCAGAGGAAGGGGUAUGCGCAGACGAUAGACUGGACGACGUCCAGGUUUGACAAGCUUGCUUUUUUUGUAUGUAGAUUGAUCCUAUGGAUCUGUGAGGAGUUUCAUGGAGAUGCUUUGAGACCAAAGUUCCGGGUAGGUGUAGAAUUAUAUUCAACUACAUGUAGGCUUCCAUCAGUUUUGCCAGGGUUAGUGAGUUUUCUGCCAGAAGUCCUGGAGGUCAUUCUCUAUGUCGAAGAUGCUCAAUUUAAGUUUGCCAUGCAUCUUCUGUAAGUGGGUUCUAUACUUCGAACAUCGAACAGAGCCAACAUCGAACCUUCAGGAUAUACUAGCAAGCCGGCACAUAGGAAUUUCCAAUAUGGCUCGUGUAUACAUGCGUUUGCCAACCUGGUGUGUAAUCAUUUAGAGUAAAAUUUUUCAUGGGCCGAUUCACAUCCGAACUCAAGCACUUGAUAUCAGUAGAUCGCAAGCUCGGUCUGUUUGGUUUCGACUUGACCUGAGCUGAGAUUGUCUGAUCUUUUGCCUUUCGCAUGUGGGCAGUUAGUGGUUUACUUUGUUUUCGCAUCUUUUCUCGUUUAUGUUGU